AUGCCUCGUGACCCGACCUACCACAAUGUGGAGAAGACGAGACGCCACGCUCUCAAGCCGUACGAUAGAGACGCCAGCGACAAUCAAGUGGUGACUGGCGAUGCCGACAUUAGUGACGUUGAAGCAGCUGGCGACGACGAAGGAUCAGGCGGCGAUGACAUUACUAGCAGUGCCGAUGACUCUAGCGACGCCGAGAGUUCCAGCGACGAUGAUGAAUAUGCAAUCAACAGUGAACAUGCCGACGAGGGGGAAGAAGCCAAUAGCGAUCAAGAUUCUGACAGCGAGGAAGAAGCUAGCGACGUUGAAGAUGCCAUCGACGACGGUAUCGACGAUGAAGAUGAAGACAUGGAAAAGCCAAUCAACAUCUUCAACCCAAGUGACUCCAGCGUAAACUGCACCGACAUGGGCGAAUCUUACGCCUCAGGACUACCCAACGAAUACAGCCCACCCGCUAGCGACUCCGGAGGAAGAGAUCUUGACAAAUGGAAGGAGCGUCUUGAAGAAAACGGCUUCAAGACGUCCAACAACCCGCCCGACGAAGAAUACCUUAGCGGUGCUCGUGAAGCCUCUGUUGCGUACUGGCAUGCCGAUGGCGGUGGGCACGUCGUCGCAAUGGAUGGUGGCGACAACGAUGCGACUUAUACAUACUCUGAUCAUCAGGGCCGUGUUGACGAGGAUGUCACGGAGGAAGUGAAUGAGGCAAGACGUGAUGGGCGCAUUGCAUUCUAUGUCACGAGGCCGAACUUUGACGAUCGCGAGAGGGAACAGCAGCAGGAGGAUGCCUAUGAGGAUGACGAGGAAGAAGAGGGAGGAGAUGAGGCCUAUGGUGAUGACGGAGACUAUGGAAUGGACAAUGGGUGGAACAAAUACCGGUGA